UUAUGUCCAAAGUGUUGACUCAACAAAAUGCACUGCCUUCUCAGCAGUCGAAAAAAAAUGAAAAUAAGAAAAAAACCACACCCUCUGUGAAAACGCUCAAUAACAACAGCAGCGGCAUAAAUGGUAGCACCAACAUGAGAGGCCCAGCCUCCAGCUCCCUGAUGUGUUCGUCGGAAUCACCAUCUACCUCAUCAUCGCCCACUACGGUCGAUUUCGAUGAGUUCACUAGCAGUUCUAUACUGGAAUUUCUGGCAAGGGAACAAGAAUGCUGCACUGAAGCAGAUGCAGAAAGCAUUUUUCAAGAAGUAAGUAGACUGGCUGAUAAUUCAGAUACCCGUAGCGUUGAUGAGAUUUUGCGAGAGGCUGAGCUACUAAUGCAGCAACAAUCGCUCUAUGGAAACACUGAUAAAACAGAUAAAGCAAAACAAAAUACGAAAAAUAGCUCAAGUAAGAUGGGCAAAACAAAUUUGCCUCAAUCGCAGCAGUCAUUGCAAUUCGAACAAAAACAAAAAACUUUGCCACCUUCGAAUUCACAAAAUACCCAGCCGUUACCGGUGAAAAUGCAAAGUAUCAAACUAAAUAGCAAGUAUACCAAACACAUUGAAAAUGUUUGUCCAUCAGAGAUUCAAACACAAGUGGUAUCGCGCACUCGACUGACCAAUGGUAAUUGUAGCUAUCAAGAGAUAAUGCAAUUACAAAAAAAUCUAACACCAAAUAGUGCGUAUGCAGCGCCUCCAAUAGCAGACACCACGCCAACACCCAUAGCAGCUACUACGCCACAGACGCCAACACCAACUGCCGCCACACCAAUUGGCAAUCAACGCUUUGAUGUUUUCGUGGAGAAUUUGCCAUCGGUGUCGGUCAUAUCUGAAGAGUCCACACCGAAGGAUAUGCAAAAUAUGAACGCAACUGAAACCGACAUAACGACAAUGGCGCUGAUAAACGGUGACGAUGAUGACACCGAUACGGUUUAAAUGCCAUGAAAAAACUCCUUAUGAAAAACCAUCUGUCGUUCGGAGGUGACGUAAAACUGUAGGUCCCGUCUUUUGUGGAAAG